UCUGUUGUAGAGUUAAAAUGGGAAGUAUCGGUGAGUAGUGUUUUUUCUCCUUCCUUAGCCGCCUUACACUCCUUAUCAUUUUUCAAACCCUAAUCCCCUUUUACACACGCACACACACACAUAUAUAUAUAUAUAUAUACCCCCUUGGGGUAGUACGCCGUCGGUGUUCGUCUGCGAGCAAUUUGGUACUGGAUCUCGACGUUUUCGAGCCAAGAUCUCUCCCUGCCUGUUUUGAUUUAGGAUUUUGCUUGGAAACCUCAGAUCUGUCUGGAAAUUGGAACUUUGACUUGACUGAUUCGGAGGGUGUAAAUCUGGAGAUUUCGUACUACUUUAAGCCAAAAUUGCUCAGAUUUCGUUCGUGAGAAAUGUCUCUUCUUCCCAAAAGCGAUUCGAUUCAAAUCCGGGAGGUUUGGGCUGACAAUCUGGAAGACGAAUUCGUUUUGAUUCGUAACAUUGUCGAUGAGUUUCCUUACGUCGCCAUGGAUACCGAGUUUCCUGGAGUGGUUAUCAGACCGGUGGGAAAUUUCAAAAACUCUACUGAUUACCAUUACCAGACCUUGAAGGAUAACGUUGAUCUGCUGAAGCUGAUCCAGUUGGGGCUAACCUUCUCCGAUGAGCAGGGGAAUCUUCCGACUUGUGGAACAGAUAAAUACUGCAUCUGGCAAUUCAAUUUCCGCGAAUUCAAUCCAAAUGAGGAUGUCUUUGCGAAUGAUUCGAUCGAACUGUUGCGCCAGAGUGGGAUCAACUUUGUGAAGAACAAUGAGAAUGGUAUUGAUGCAAGAAAAUUUGGGGAGCUCUUGAUGUCGUCAGGGAUUGUUUUGAAUGAUAAUGUGUUUUGGGUGACUUUCCAUAGUGGAUAUGAUUUCGGGUAUUUGCUCAAGGUGUUGACAUGCCAGAACCUUCCGGACACGCAGGCCGGGUUCUUUACUUUGAUCAAAGUGUACUUCCCUGUGCUUUUCGACAUUAAGCAUUUGAUGAAGUUCUCAAACAGCCUUCAUGGUGGGCUGAACAAGCUGGCUGAGCUGUUGGAAGUUGAAAGAAUUGGGGUUUGUCAUCAGGCGGGUUCCGAUAGUUUGCUCACUUCUUGCACUUUCAGGAAGCUGAAAGAGAAUUUCUUCAGCGGCUCGAUGGAGAAGUACACCGGUGUGUUGUAUGGAUUAGGAGUUGAGAAUGGACAGAGUACUUAUAGCUAACUUUGUUGUGGAAAAAACAAAUUAAAUAAACAAAAAAUUUAAAUAAAUUUGUGAAUUUUAUGUGUUGAUUAAAACUACAUGUGUUGUGCACAGCUUGUUAAUGAUGCCACACUGUUGUACAAGUUUCUGCAGUGCUGUAGUUCUUGAGAUUUAAAUUUAAAUUCUGCUUUGUUCUUGGUCUUC